AUGCCGCCGCAACACCACGCGGGCGUCUGGCUCGCGUCUGGGAUGCUGCUCUUCUUCCUCGUUCGUCGCGUGGCUGGUCUGCAGAGGCGCCAGAUCGCCAUGUGCCACGGGACGGCUGCCGGCGAGGCAGCCCGGCCACUCUCGAAAGUGCACCACGCGACUGUUGCGCUCGUGCCUCCAGAGGAGUGCUGGCCGCCGAUCCAGGAGGCGAGGCUUGAACUUCGCGACCGCGGCAUCUACCGCUGGCCGCCGCACAUCAACCUGCUCUACCCGUUUGCGCCCGCUGACGAGAUGGCUCUGGCGCUGGCCCGCCUGGCUCCCGCGGCGGCAGCGCUGCCGCCGUUCGAGCUGGACCUCGACCAGCUGGGUACGUUUGGUGGUCGCAGGCGCGGCGUGCUCUGGGCAGCGCCUUCGGACGCGGCGCAGCUCGGCCGCCUGGUCGAGCUGCAGGCGGCCCUCCAAGCCGCGGCGCCCGAGUUUGACGACCAGCAGCGCGUCGGUGGCGGCGGCUUCGUGCCGCACAUGACCCUCUCGCACUUUGACUCGCUCGACGAAGCGGAGGCGGCGCGCGCAGCUCUCGCGCCGCGCUGGCGUCCCGUCCGCUUCACGCUCGGCGGCGGCGCGGCGGGGCAGACAGCGGUUCACCUGAUGUGGCGUGACGGAGGAAGCGGACAGUUUAAGCGUGCCGCCAGCCUCCCGCUCGGCGUCGCUCCGGACGCGCCGCUGCCACCACUGCUCGACCCGCCACACUGCUUCCCGCAGAUGCCGGAGGAAGAGGAGGCGUGGGUGGUCGAGGCGCGGAAGGCGGCAGCCAAGGGGCGCAAGGGACGCCGGAGGCGCUCGCCCCGCCGCAGUCCGGAGGAGCGAGCGGCGGUGGCGGCGAGGACCCCAGAGGAGAUUGCAGCCAUCCACGCACUUGCCUUCGGGGGCAAGUACCCAAAUCCCAAAUCCGCUAGGGCGCUGCGCUCGCCCGGCAUCGAGCCGGUAGCUGUGCCGCUAUGGAUGCGGAAAGUGCAAAAAUGCAUACGCGCUUUUGCGACCCCGCAGCAUGGUUUGAUAAAAGCCACCGUUCUCGAGUCGGCGAACUCACCAUUUUAUUUUCGAGUCGUCUGCGUCGUGCGCUCACCGGCAAGAAUCUAA